AUGUUCCGCAACGAGUACAAUCUGGCUAUGGAGCGGGACCAAGGCGGCGUGUCGUCCGUGUCUUCGUUCCAGGUAGACGAUCUGAUGGAGAAGCUAAAGCUGCUCAACUACGAGCGGCUGCUACUGAAGGAGAUGAAGAUGAAGCAAAUCAACCGCUAUUACUUCCUGCGUUCGUUCAACCCCGGCGAACAGUUCUUCAUGUUCACCUCGAUCUGCGCCUGGUUGAUACGGAAGAUCGGCAAAACCUUCGACCAGCCGCAGGAGUUUGAUGAUCCCAACAUUGUCAUCUCGCGAAUAAUCAAAGUCCUGCAGGAGAUGGAUGUUCCUACCGACUUUCAAACGAACCGACUCAUCCAGGGCGCCGGUCCGAUCUGCGUCUACAUCAUGGACUGCCUGGCGACGCAAGCCCUUAAGCUGACCAAGUUCCAGAUCCGGCGCCCCGAGUGCCGCAAGGAGGACGACCCGAUGGUGGACCUGAUCGAGAACGAUUCCGAGAUCAUCCUUGAAAAGGUGGAAGAGGAGCAGAUGGCGGGCGUUAGUGACGAGAGCGACGACGAGGGUCGUAAUGGGAUGUUCGAUCUGAGCUUCUCCGAUCCGGGUCGGUCGGGAAUUGGAGCGAUCGGAGCGAACGCCCGUAAGGAACCGGGUCGGGAGUACAAGGUGGACUCCCUCUCAGACAGUGAAGCGUGGAGGUUGGAGCUGGAGCGGGUGCUGCCCCAGCUGAAGGUAGUCGUAAAGACGGACCCACGCGACUGGCGAGCACAUCUUGAGCAGAUGCGAAGCCUCCGGAGUAACAUCGAAACGGCAACCGAGGAAACCGACAGCCACCUUCAGAAGCUGCAGUCCGACAUUGGCUACGUGAUGGAGAAAAUUGAAAGCCGAGAGCGGCACCUCAACAACGACCUGAAGGAGCUGAUCGGCCAGUACAAGACGAUCCUGAUCGAGUACAAUCAGCUGACAGGGCAGAUCAAACAGGCGGAACAGGAAAAGGUGGAACAUGAGCACGAGCUUUCGAAGAUCACCAACGAGUUGGAAAACGUAAAGAUCCAGAUGGAACAGCGCGGAAACUCGAUGACCGAUGGCAGUCCCCUAAUCAACAUCAAGAAGGCGAUCUUCCGCAUCAAGGAGGAACUGUGCGAGAUGGACAUCAAGAUUGGCGUGAUGGAGCACUCGCUCAACUCGGAAAUUAUCAAACAGAGCGCCCAAUACGCCGAGCUUGACUCCCUCGUUAUGGCAGCGCAUUGA